AUGGCCAACCUCCAAGUUCUGUCGUUCGAUGCCGAGGGCCGCCCGAUUCAGUUCGAAACAUGGCUAGAUGACCUGCAGCUGUUCCUAAUGAGCGAUAGCAAGGACAAUGUCUCGCUCUAUGACCACAUGUCUGGUGCCUCAGUCGCUCCCGCUGCCACCACUGAGCUUAGCGCCCUCAGGGACCACGGUCUCGCUUGCUGUCCCACGGAACUCACUGUCGACCUCCUAGAGGAGCACCUCCUUGCAGCAGAGAAGAGCAUUGUCGCUGUAGGUGCUGCUCGUGGCGCUCCUCGCACCCCCAUCUUUAAGGGGUGCUCUUACUCUCUCCUUGCCCUCUCCUACGCUAGUGCUGCUGCUGUUGACUACCUUGGUGCUGAGUCUGUUGGUGCUGCUGCUUCUGCUCCUAGUGGGAGGCGCCGCAGCGGUAAGGGCAAGGGAACCAAGAGUGGCGGAGGUGGCACCGGGGGGGGUGGUGGUGGAGGCGGUGGAGGAGGAGGAGGUGGCGGAGGGAGUGGCGGCGGGAGUGCUGGCAGGAAUGGUAGCGUCGGUAGCGGCGGUGGAGGCGGUGGUGGCGGAGGGAGUGGCAGCGGUGGUGGCGGCGGCGGUGGCAGCAGCGGUGGCGGCCGGGGCGGUGGUGGCGGUGGAGGUGGCGGUCGGGGUGGAGGCACGUGCGCUGGUCAAAGGCACCAGCAGCAGCAGAGUCCCCAGACGACCCAGCAGCUUCAUGAGUGGCUUGCUCAGCGUGGGAGGUCUGGGGGUGGUGGUCGCUGCCCGUAUGUCAUUCGCACAGAGACUGGUACUCUAGGUGCUGGUGAGGCUGCUGACUUAGGUGCUAGCGAGUAUGCUCUCUCAGGUACUGCGCCUGCUGAGGCCGUGCACACCUUCACGCUUGACUCAGGGGGCCCAGUUCUUGCACGGUCCACCACGGUGCUCCCGUGCCCAGCGGUUCCGUCUGGCUCACUGACAGGCUUCCACCUCCCCUCGUUCUCUAUGAACUUGGUCUCUCCCUCCCCUUCCUGCCUCGCCUGCGCCGCCCUGCCUUCCUUGCGUCAAGGGGGGGCAACGCGCCGCUCCUCACUCCUCCUCGUUUCCCCCGAUAUAGGCAACCCUUCCUUGCGUCAAGGGCGGACGUCACCGUUGAGAAUUCUGUUCCUUUCUACCGUCUCUUCCCCUACCGCACUCGCCCCUCUCCCUCCCCCGCCGCUUUUCCUCGCUCCAGGUCCCCCUCCGGUAGACCCCCUCCCCCCUCAGAGGUCCUGCUCCUUCAAGUGUGUCUCAGGUAAGACCCGCCCCCCAUUGGCUGAGCCUGUAGAGGUCACUUGCGACUCAGGUGCUGCUGCGGGAGGUGCUGCUGGGGGUGCUUGCGUCUGGGGGGUGCUGACCUGCGCAUGA